CAGGUAGCCUGAUAAUGGUACACUAAAAGAAGAAGAUGUGACUUGGUUUCAGAUGUGGUACUGUACAUAGCUGUUUGGGUAACAUAGAUGGUAGACAUCACUCAAUGUUGUGUUACAAUAGCCAUGACCUUCUUGUGUGUGAAGUGAGUAACAGAAAAGAUACAGAACUUUAUGAGAUAAUGGCGUUAGGAUUCUAGCAGAGAAGAAGAAGAAAAAAAAAGAAAUAUAAGAUGCCACCAAUGUGGUACUUUGGAUUAAUACAAUUAGCUUAUGUGAUUACGGUUAAUUAUGCCACAAUUAAUCCAGACAAGGAUAACUGCAUUAAUUACGAGAGCGACUACCAUGUUGAUAGAGCAUGUGAGUGUAUAGUGUACCAAAGCCUCGGUGGUACAGAAGGAAGAUUUAACUCCCCUAACUUCCCACAAUUCUACAGUAAAGGAAUAGAGUGUAUUCUGUUUACAUUUAUAGGCGAUGUUGGAGAAUUAGUAGAAAUAAAAUUUACCGAUUUUGAUAUGAUGUAUCCUGAUGCAAAAAAUAACACAUGUAAAGAUUAUUUAAGACUUUUCCUGAAAUUAAACCGUCCAGAAAUAAAUGAAAACAUGCAACACAAUUAUGAAUUAUGUGGAAGUAUGUCAACUUUACAACAAAAAACAUUUUAUUCCAAAGAUCGGAGUUUAAUAAUGGAAUUCCAGACAACACGACCUUUAUCACAACAGCUGACUUUCUUUAAAGGAUUCAGAGGAUUCUUCAGAUUUUUAGAUGCAACUAAUAAAAUUAAACCACCAGAUGUGUAUAUUAUACCAGUUAAAGGCAAGAAUGGACAGUUCGUAUCUGAUGGUGUUAAGCAGUCAGGGACCAUGUGCUCAUGGGAUUUCUCCACGUCUAAACUUUCAGGGAAAUUUUUCUCACCCCUUUACCCACAGAACUAUCCUAGUCACUCAAAAUGUCAGUAUACAUUUUAUGGACAGCCAAAUGAAGGAACAGUUUAUAUACAGUUUCAAAAUUUACAAAUAUAUGAUGAAGGAGUUGAUAGUUGUAGUAAAAGUUCAGAUAGAAUAGCAAUUUAUGAUGGUAUGAAUAGUUCUCAGCCUUUAAUCAAAUAUUUAUGUGGUAUAAAGAACCAAGAAGAAGUUAAAUCUACAUCACCAUAUCUAUAUAUAGAAUUUCUAUCGGAUGGUAGAAAUCAGCGCCAAGGAUUUGCAGCAAAUUAUACAUUUCAACACAAAUCACAUUCCAAUUCACCCUCAUAUAGCAAUCCAGAUUACUCAACAACAACCCCAUUUAACUGUAAUAAGUAUAUAGAGAGUAAGAUAAAAAAGCAUGAUGUUAUUACUAGUCAGCAUCAUCCAGGUCCAUACCCAGCAUCUACUCGAUGUACCUAUAUAUUUAAUGGAACAGCCGAAGAAAGAAUACAAAUAAAGUUCACAAGGAUGGAUCUAUUUUUUGAUGGAGGGAAUCCAAACGAACCAUAUGAUUGUGAUGGCCAAGACUCCAUAAAAAUUUAUAUAAAAAUUGACAAUGAUGAAAAAGAAUUAGAUUAUACCUGUGGGAAAAAGAUUCCAAAAAUGUUUAUGUCAAACAUUCCAUGGAUGAAGGUUAUUUUUGAGAGUGGGAGCAGAACACAACACUCAAAUACAGGGUUUGCAUUCGAGUAUAAAUUCUUAACAAAUUAUGGUAUAACUACAGGAGAACAGGAUAACAGAAAAGUAUGCAAGUUCAUUUAUAAAAGUGAUGUUAAAAAGAGCGGGUAUUUUGUCUCGCCAAAUUAUCCUGGAUUUUACCCAAAGAAUACAGAAUGUCAGUAUACAUUUUUCGGGAGAAAUAGUGAAGUAGUAAGAAUUCAGUUUAAGGAAUUUGAGGUGGAUGGCAUUACACCAAGGUGUGAGCCUAAACAUCAGGUAGAUUUUGUAGAUUUCUCCAACUUUGACGGUGGAGCUCAGGACAAGAAAAUGAAAAAAUUUUGUGGUCAAAUGACUGAAAAAAUGAGAGAGCCAAUACAAUCAGAUCUUGAAUUUUUUAGAGUAACAUUCAAAUCUAACAGUAUGUAUGAAGGAAAAGGAUUCAAUGCCACAUAUGAGUUUGUUAUAAAUGAAGAAACAACUUUUUCCUCACCUCCAAAGAGUUUGGUCGGGAAUACUGCUAAUUCAAUGUAUACAUCAUACAUAGACAACAAAUGUUACUGUUUAGUAUUUUAUUUAGUGUUGACAUUGACUUUACAAUUUUUGACUGUCUGCACUUUAUGAUAAAAAGUUGAUAUCCUUUAAUCUGUGAUAAAAAUAUAGUUGAUAAUGAAUUUGAAAAAAAUUAUUGAAGGAAAAAAAAUGUAGAAAUGAUCUUUGGUCUAUUUCUGGCUUCCUACAUACUAGAAUAUUGAAGCUUUUUGUCUGUUUUAACAAAUUCUAAAGAGAAACAAAUAUUGCCUUACCUUAGUAUGCACCCAUAGAAAGCAACAUCUAUAUUGCAAUUGAAUAUACUCAAAAUGUGCACCAUCUCUAAAACUGAUUAAUCAGUAUGAAAACAUGUAUGACUCAAUCAUAAUAUGUUUGUGGAAAUUACUCAUUAAUUUCUCAAUGAAGUGUGCUUUUCAGGUCAAUGUAACCUUAAAAGAAGCUGAUGUAAUAUUUUCUUGUAUAAAACAACAUUUCCACAAAACAAAAACACUCCCCAAAUUAAAGAAGUUACACACUUUUUUCAUAUAUUUUUAUUGGGUGUUGUACACUUUUGCCCUUGAAACUUUUGGUAUGUAAUGCAAUUUUCUAUUAAUUUAUUCAUCAAAUGAUAUGAUUA